AUGAAGGAGGAGGAUGGUGAAUUGGGGAAGAAGAUUACGAUUGGGGUGUGUGUUAUGGAAAAGAAGGUGUUUUCCGCGCCGAUGCUUCAAAUUUUGGAUAGGUUGCAGGCAUUCGGAGAAUUCGAGAUUAUUCAUUUUGGGGAUAAACUUAUUCUGGAGGAACCUAUAGAGAGCUGGCCGAUAUGUGAUUGCUUGAUUGCUUUCUACUCCACCGGUUACCCUUUGGAAAAAGCUGAAGCAUAUGCAGCAUUGAGAAAGCCUUUCCUCAUAAAUGAAUUGGAAGCUCAACAUCUUCUUCACGAUAGAAGGAAAGUAUAUGAGUGUCUUGAGAGGUAUGGGAUUCCAGUUCCAAGGUAUGCCCUUGUUAAUAGAGAAAGUCCCUAUCAAGAGUUGGAUUAUUUUGUGGAGGAAGAAGACUUUGUUGAAGUUCGUGGUGAUCGUUUCUGGAAGCCAUUUGUGGAGAAACCCGUGGAUGGUGAUAACCAUAGUAUAAUGAUAUACUACCCAAGUUCUGCAGGUGGAGGGAUGAAGGAGUUGUUCAGGAAGGUUGGUAACCGUUCAAGUGAGUUUCAUCCAGAGGUUAGAAGAGUAAGACGUGAAGGUUCUUAUAUAUAUGAAGAAUUCAUGCCAACUGGAGGAACAGAUGUAAAGGUCUACACAGUGGGUCCUGAGUAUGCACAUGCAGAAGCAAGGAAAUCUCCUGUUGUUGAUGGUGUUGUUAUGAGAAAUCCUGACGGGAAAGAAGUCAGAUACCCUGUUUUACUCACCCCUGCUGAGAAACAAAUGGCAAGAGAUGUUUGUAUUGCGUUUAGGCAAGCAGUUUGUGGUUUUGAUCUCUUGCGAUGUGAAGGGCGUUCUUAUGUAUGUGAUGUGAAUGGAUGGAGCUUUGUAAAAAAUUCGCACAAGUACUAUGAUGAUGCUGCUUGUGUGUUGAGAAAGAUGUUUCUGGAUGCAAAAGCCCCACACCUCUCAACAACAAUUCCUCCUACUUUACCUUGGAAAGUGAAUGAACCUGUUCAACCUUCUGAAGGACUUACACGCCAAGGAAGUGGAAUCAUUAGCAAAUUUGGGGAAUCUGAAGAGCUGCGUUGUGUUAUUGCCGUGAUUCGCCAUGGGGAUAGAACUCCAAAACAGAAGGUGAAAUUGAAGGUUACUGAAGAGAAGCUGUUGAACUUGAUGUUAAAGUACAAUGGUGGAAGACCUAGAUCAGAGACGAAGCUGAAAAGUGCUGUCCAACUACAGGACCUUUUAGAUGCGACACGAAUGUUAGUACCCCGUACAAGACCUGGCCGGGAGAGUGACAGCGAAGCGGAAGACCUUGAGCAUGCAGAAAAGCUUCGUCAAGUGAAAGCAGUUCUAGAGGAAGGCGGACAUUUCUCUGGAAUUUAUCGGAAGGUUCAAUUGAAACCACUUAAAUGGGUAAAAGUUGCAAAAGCAAAUGGUGAAGGAGAAGAAGAACGUCCUGUUGAAGCUCUGAUGGUUCUUAAGUACGGGGGUGUUCUCACUCACGCUGGCCGGAAGCAGGCUGAAGAAUUGGGAAGAUACUUUCGGAAUAAUAUAUAUCCAGGUGAAGGUACAGGCCUGCUUCGCCUCCAUAGUACAUAUCGCCAUGAUCUGAAGAUAUAUAGCUCAGAUGAGGGGCGUGUACAGAUGUCAGCUGCUGCAUUUGCCAAAGGUCUCCUUGAUUUGGAAGGACAAUUGACACCAAUUCUGGUUUCACUUGUCAGCAAGGACUCUUCCAUGUUAGACGGCCUAGACAAUGCCAGCAUUGAGAUGGAAGAAGCCAAGGCUAGGUUACACGAAAUCAUUACUUCUGGUGUAAAGAAUGUUCAUGAUAAUGGAUCAUUGGAGAAGCUUUGGAUGGUUGAUGGUGCUGGACUUCCUUCAAAUGCAUCUGAACUCCUUCCGGAAUUGGUGAGGUUGACAAAGAAAGUCACUGAACAAGUGAGGCUACUUGCUAUGGAAGAAGAUGAAAAACUUGGAGAGUCAGGUUCAUAUGAAGUGAUACCUCCUUAUGAUCAAGCUAGGGCACUUGGUAAGACAAAUAUAGAUGCUGGUCGGAUCGCUGCAGGGUUACCCUGUGGAAGUGAAGGAUUUCUUCUCAUGUAUGCUCGUUGGAGGAAGCUCGAGAGGGAUUUGUAUAAUGAACGAAAAGGGCGGUUUGAUAUAACACAAAUUCCUGAUGUUUAUGACUCCAGCAAGUAUGACCUAUUGCACAAUGCGCAUCUGAAUCUUGAAGGGUUGGAUGAUCUCUUUAGAGUUGCCCAGUUACUUGCAGAUGGUGUUAUACCUAAUGAAUAUGGAAUCAAUCCAAAGCAGAAGCUGAAGAUUGGAUCAAAGAUUGCGCGCCGUCUGUUGGGGAAGAUAUUGAUAGAUAUGAGAAAUACUCGUGAGGAAGCAAUCAGUGUAGCUGAAUUAAAGAGCAGUCAAGAGCACCCAACACCUGUCAGUAUUAUGGGGAAGGAAGAUGCUGAUCGUCAUCCAAAACCAAGCUUCAAGACUGAAGAUUCUAGGAGAAAUAGUUUCAAUGGUGAAAAACCUAUAAAUCAAGAAGAUGAAGAUGAUAAAGAGAUAAAAUACCGCUUAGAUCCAAAAUACGCAAAUGUAAGAACACCUGAACGCCAUGUCAGAACGCGGCUUUACUUUACUUCGGAAUCUCAUAUCCAUUCUCUGAUGAAUGUUCUCCGUUAUUGCAACUUGGAUGAAUCUCUUCAAGGGGAGGAGAGUCUUGUUAGUGAUAAUGCUUUGGACCGUCUUUUUAGGACCAAGGAACUUGACUAUAUGAGUUAUAUUGUGCUGAGGAUGUUUGAGAAUACUGAGGUUUCUUUGGAUGACCCAAAAAGGUAUCGCAUCGAGCUGACAUUUAGUCGUGGUGCUGAUUUAUCCCCUUUGGAGAAGAGUGAUCCUGAGGCUGCAACCCUACGCCAAGAGCACACAUUGCCGAUAAUGGGACCUGAGAGGCUUCAAGAAGUAGGAUCAUAUUUGACCUUAGAGAAGAUGGAGAAGAUGUUUCGUCCCUUUGCUAUGCCAGCAGAAGAUUUUCCUCCACCGUCAACUCCCCAGGGAUUUUCUGGGUACUUCUCCAAAAGUGCUGCAGUUUUGGAGCGUCUUGUGAAUCUAUGGCCUUUCAACAAGCAUGGAGCUGCCAAUGGAAAGUGA